UUUUUCGGUUUCGGUUCGGUUAAUCGAUUUAAUAAGUUUUUUUUCCCACCCAUAGCCAUGGGAAGUAAAUAGAAAGAAAGAAAGGGCGACGUUGUUGUUGUUUUAAUUUAAUGGCACCGGCAAAGAAGGGGAAAUCAAAGGCCAAGAACAACAGCAGCAGCAACUCAUUGAAUUGUAAUUCAAAAUCAUUAGAAAAAAUCGACUGUAACACACAAUUUCCGCCAUGUCUUCGGUUAAUUCCUCCGUCGUCCGUCGGAAUCAGCAUCCACGCCAAGCCCGGUUCUAAAUUCGCCUCCAUUACAGAUUUGAGUGAAGAAGCGGUAGGAGUCCAAAUUGACGCGCCUCCUAAAGACGGUGAAGCUAAUGCCGCCCUCCUUGAUUACAUUAGCUCUGUAUUGGGUGUGAAAAGAAGGCAGGUCUCACUAGGCUCUGGUUCUAAAUCCAGAGACAAAGUGGUGAUAGUUGAGGACAUAACGUUGCAGAGUGUUUUUGAUGCUCUUGACAAAGCAUCAAAGUGCUAGCGAUGAUGGAAUAAUAGCUAUCAACAUUUGGAUGAUCUUCUUACUGAACAGGGAAACGUUGCAGAGUGUUUUUGAUGCUCUUGACAAAGCAUCAAAGUGCUAGCGGUGAUGGAAUAAUAGCUAUCAACAUUUGGAUGAUCUUCUUACUGAACAGGGAAAAGUUGUGCAAGAGUAUUUUCUUCCGCAUUCUCGACUGAUUGAGAUAUUUGGUAUUGAUUCUCUUGCUUCUCUUAUUUCACACAGAGUUGACUACUCCUUUUUCAUUUGGAAUUGUCAAAUGUAGUUUUAGUUUUCUUUGUAAAUUCUGUGAAUGUUUUUGGUGUAAAUUCUGUUCACCCAACAGUAUGGCGUUGCGAUAGGAGUUUAAUAAUUGUUCCUUUAGCAACAUAUGAUCCCUGCAACUUUAUAUUUUAUCAUGACGCCUUGCUUCCUUUAUAGUUAACAUCAA